GACUCGGAUGCUUCCUCUGAGGAGUUGCCUGCGAGCUUCGAUCUUUCCUCUUUGCGUCUUGUGGCACCUGCAGGCAACCUUCCUCGCGUGGACCAGGCUUCCGAUGCGGAGAAGUUUGCGGUGCGUGUACUGGGAAAGGGGAGAAUCACGCUGGGAGAGUUUGAUAUGCUGUGUGGUUUGCUUCCUUCGGAUCCCGAGUCGCGGGCUACGUCGGGAGAUUUCACUUCGAAGACUUUCAUGAGUGGCAUGUACCAACAUGGGGGAGUCAUCGGUCUUCGCACACAUAUGACAAGCCACCCUUGGACCACUGCAGUCCUGUGUGCCAUUCUCAGGGCUGCUUUCCCGGUGCAGCCGUUCACUUCAGUGGUGGUGUCGAGGAACCGUCAGAUCGUCCCCCACCGUGACAGUCAGAAUGGCGACUACACCUGGAAUCUUUUGGUCCCAGAGCCGAUGGAGUACGAGGGUGAAACGCGCUGGGGAAAGAUCCUACCGGUGGCCACGGGCCCUCAACUACUCGACCCUCGACGUCUUCAUGCAACCAUGGACUGGAAGGGUGUGCGCACAGUUGUCAUCGGGUUCUCGAUCCGGGACCCCGAGAAGGCGAGCCGCCAAGUUAAGGCAUCUUGGAAAAGGGUUUCAGGUUUGCAGGAUACCACCCAGACCGACGAGGCCGUGGCGCGAGGACGGGGAUCCACAGUUCGUCUGCAAGAGCGGGGUGCUGGGGAGGAAGGCGACACUUUUCACGGACACUUGGUGCAGGCGCGCAAAGAUAACUUUGGGGAUCCCAUCACGGUCCAGUGGCGUGGCAAGGUGCACUCUUUCGUGGAUGGUUGCGGACUCAACAGCCCUGGCCGUUGGCGGCCGGCCGCCCGUGGUAGAGGGUUCCCUCAGGACACCGAGGCCUUUGUUCAGUCAUUGAGGAAUCUUCUGGAUGGGUUCAUACGUUCCGAAAUUGGCGAUGUACGGCGGGCCUACUUCAUGCUGGCAUUGGGCAAAUAUGAGGAAGCGCCGUUCUCCGAGCAGGCCAUGGACCGUCUGCGCUCAUCGUGGUUUGCACUCCUGGAGGACCCUGCUUCAGCUGCACAUCGGGAGCCGGGCCAGCCUUUCUUCCUGGAGGCCCUCUCCCAGACAUGUCGGGCUAUGGGGGACGAAGACUGGGAGGUUCUCACUCGAGCGGAAGAUAACUACGCUCGCGGUCGCCGUCUCGGUGUGGGGCGUCCCUUCGAGCGGGUGGUAGCUGUCUUCAGGCCAAAGGGGAAGUGGCGAGAGUACGAUGAGUCCGAGUUCCAGGCCAUGAAUGAGAACUACGCUUCAGCAAAGGCGGUCCCUGAGCAGUUGGAGAAGCAGUUCGAGGAGGAAGAGGCACUUGGGUUCAUGUACCCCUUGUCGGAGAAAGAGGCACGGCGCCGCUUCGGGGAUACCUUAAGGGUUGCUAGUCUUGGUGCAAUCAUCAAGGAUGAUGGCACUGUGAGGGCACUCUUUGAUGGAACACAUUCGGUGAAGCUCAAUAACUUGAUCACGAUCGCAGACAAGCUAGAGUUUCCCACGCCGUCGAAUGCAGCGAGGGCAACGGAGAUCCAGCAGGAGGACGGCAACCAUCUCCUCGUGGGGAUCGCUGCUGACAUUGCUAAGGCACAUAGGCUGGUUUAUGCUGGGCAAGUCCUGUACUGGCUGCGGCCUUUUAUGGGCCCCUUGCAUCGCUGGAAAGCGGCCAUCGCCCCGGGGACGGUGGCCCUGGUCCCUCGUAUGGUGAUGGUGGUCCUUCGCUACAUCUU